CAGCAAUUCAGAGCCGAGUGAAAUUGUUCCUAGUUAAUAGACGAACAACUUGACGUCAUUCCACGUUUUGGUCAGAGAGUGGCAGUAGCUCAGCUCAGACCUCACAUCCGUUUCUUAACGCUUUUCUGAAAACAUUCAAGGCUUCUUUCAAGUUUUUAAAACAUUUAGAAAGCGAAAGUUGAUUCCGUAUUGACAUGUGGGUCGGAUUUUCUCUCCUGGUGUCCUUGGCAGUGUUGUUGCCAACAGGCCAUGGAAAACCAACUAACGUUCCCGAGCAACCCGAGGAACUGAAAUUGCUCUACGCAGAGGUUGCGAAGAUCAAGGCUGAAACCCCAAAAGGAUAUGCUUGCUAUGAGAAUUUGGGCUGCUUCGACACCGAGCACGGAGCCAUGUCACAUUUGGGAACCCUGCCCACGUCACCCUCCAGGCUGGACGCCAAGCUGUUGCUCUACACCCGCAACAACCGCGACGAGCCACAGGUUGUGUCCUACCUCGACGACGGGUCCCUGGAUGCCUCCAACUUCGACGCCAGCUUGCCCGUGAAAAUCCUCACCCACGGGUUUGGAGAGUCUGGUUCCCACUACUGGAUUGAAGGAGUCAAGAACGCUUACCUGGAUCGGGAGCCGAUGAAUAUAAUUGCAGUGGACUGGCAAUUGGGAGCUGAAGGCUUGAACUACAUCCGUGCAGCAGUCAACACCGAAAUUGUCGGUCGAAUGAUAGGUAGUCUGGUCAAUCUGAUGGUGGCUCGCGGAACGAACCCAUCCAACGUUCACCUUCUCGGAUUCAGUUUGGGAGCACAAGCUUCUGGAUUCGCCGGCGAGUGGCUCAAGUACUUGAACCUCAAAGUAGGUCGUAUCACUGGACUGGACCCAGCUUCUCCUUUUUUCACUGACCUGUCGUCCUACGGAGACCAGACGCACUUGGACCAGAGCGAUGCUGACUUCGUCGAUGUGAUUCACAGCAAUGCGGCUUCUUUGCUACUGGGGGGUGUUGGUGCCAAAGAACCCCUGGGACAUGUGGAUUACUACCCCAACGGUGGAGAACACCAACGCGGUUGCCCUAAUGUCAUCGUUUCUACUAUUUCCGGUCUUUUCGGAAGCAACGGCGAGGAUGAAGACGCCAUUUGCAACCACCGAAGGGCUCACAUCUACUUCGAAGAGUCCAUCCGCCACCCAGAGUGCCCGUACACCGGGUUCGCUUGUCCCGGUGGUUACGACGACUUCACUGCUGGCAAAUGCUUCUCUUGCGGCGAUGGAACCAAGUGCGGACACAUGGGUGAUGCUGCCAUCGACUCCUCUGCACGAGGCUCCCUGUUCCUCAGCACCAGCCCAACCCCUCAAUACUGCGGUACACAGAAUUACAUCGAGUACAGGUCCGCUGGAGGUCUUGACAACCUCGUGACAUUCGGAUCUAUCGAAGUCGAAGCUAUGGGUCAACGCAUCACAGUUGUCGAACAAGGUUCCAUGAUGAUCGCUGCUCAGACCAAUACCGUUUUUGAAACAACACCAUUCAAUAGCGAAGUCAAUACCGACAAACUUCACGUGAAAAUCACAUACAACCGAUCCAGUGACGGUAUUAUCAACGGUGGUGGCACCUGGCGUAUGGAUCAUCUCAAAGUCUUCACUGAUUCUGGAAACAACUACUAUUUCUGUCAAAGACGUCUCCCUCUGCAAAGCGGUGUUCCAGUUGAAAUUGAGCUGACAACCACACCUUGCUCUUGUCCAUGCUAACAACUCCAAUUUACACAGAAUUUCUAAAUUUUUUCCAUCAGCACAUGUCAGAUCGUCGGGCAUUGGUCGUGGCACAAAAGAUAAAACAGCGUUGUACCUCAUGUAAAAGAAAAAA